AUGGCACUCUGGGCCCUGAUACGAAGUGCACACUUCUUCAGCACCAUGAUCACAGUGAUGAGCUUAGUGACAGUGUCCCAGGGGGACACAGGGGACAAAGGGAUGAGCUUGAGACCCCUGAGGCGAGAGAAGAGAGGAUGGGUGUGGAAUCAGUUCUUUGUGCUGGAGGAGUACGCUGAGGACAAACCACUCUACGUCGGAAAGCUUCACUCAGAUAUGGAUAAAGGAGAUGGAUCUGUUAAAUAUAUUCUAUCAGGAGAAGGUGCAGGAACCACAUUCACACUGGAUGACAGCACUGGUGAUAUCCACGCUGUACAGAGGUUGGAUCGUGAGAUGAAAGACCAGUAUAUUCUGCGUGCUCAAGCCACUCAUCGCCACACAGGCCGUGCCCUCGAACCCGAUUCCCGCUUUAUAGUCAAGAUCCAAGAUAUCAAUGACAACGAGCCCAAGUUUCUGGAUGGACCUUACCAGGCCACCGUUCCAGAGAUGUCUGCCGUCGGUACGCCUGUGAUUCGGGUCACGGCUAUGGACGCUGAUGACCCGUCAUACGGUAACAGCGCUCGAGUGGUGUACAGCGUUGUGAAGGGACAGCCGUAUUUCUCUGUGGACCGUCACACAGGUGAGGUGCGUGUGUCAUUGCCUGAUAUGGAUCGAGAGGUGAAGGGUCAAUACGAGGUCAUGAUUCAGGCUAAAGACAUGGCUGGUCAGCAGGGAGGUUUGGCAGGAAUGACGACGGUCAACAUAUCUCUUAGCGACGUCAACGACAACCCUCCACACUUCCCUCAGAAGCUCUAUCAGAUAAGCAUACCAGAAUCUGCUCCCAUCAGUUCUAUAGUGGGCCAUGUCGAAGCUCAAGAUCACGAUCUAGGAAUCAACGCAGAAAUGCGCUACAGACUGGUGGACGGAGAUGGACUGGAUGCAUUUGACAUCAGCACCGACUCCACCAACAUGUAUGGGGUCAUCACUGUCAAACAGCACCUGGACUUUGAGACGAAGCGUAGCUACACUCUAAAGGUGGAGGCUGCUAACACGCACACUGACAAACGUUUCUCUGCUAACGGGCCAUUUAGUGACAUAACCAUGGUGCAGGUGAGCAUAGAGGACGUGGACGAACCGCCCCAGUUCAGCGCCAUGCUUUUUUAUGCUGAGGUUCGUGAAGAUGCUGAAAUCGGCACUGUGCUGAUCACCAUCUCAGCCCGAGACCCUGAUGCUGCUAACAAUUCCAUACAGUAUAUGAUUGAUUGUGUCAGUGAUCCGGAACAGUAUUUCUCAGUGGAAAUGUCCAGUGGUUCUCUGAUGACUGCCCUUCCUCUGGACAGAGAGGAUAUCAGCUGGCAUAAUCUCACUGUGGUAGCCAUGGAGACAAAUAACCCACUGAAGACAGCGAAUGUAUACGUAAAUAUAAGAAUUCUAGACGUCAACGAUAAUCCACCAUCCAUAACUCACUAUCGCGAAGCUAUCUUGUGUGACAGUGCAAGAUCAGGACAGCUGGUCCAAUCAAUAAGAGCCAUAGAUGCGGACGAGCCGAUAGGAGGACAACAUUUCCGGUACACACUUACUCCUGAAGCACAAAAAAAUCACAACUUCACCCUCAUAGAUAACCAUGAUAACUCAGCGAGAGUCCUGACACGUCGGAGUGGCUGGGAGUCUCCGAGUGUGUACCAUCUUCCCAUCACUGUGUCUGAUGGAGGAGUGCCAACGCAGUCCAGUACACACACCCUGACCAUCCGAGUGUGUGAGUGUGAUGCAGAUGGGGAUGUCUCAUCUUGCCAUCAUGUUGAACCUCACACACUUCCCGCUAAUCUGAGCACAACAGCUCUAACCACCAUGCUCACCUGCGGCUCCAUCGUGCUUGUGAUGCUGGUGCUCAUGCUGUUCCUAAGCAGUAGCAGCAUUAGUAAAAAACCUUUCCCCAGUGAUGAGGAGGAAAACGUGCGGGAAAACAUUGUCCAUUACGAUGAUGAAGGCGGUGGAGAGGAAGACACAGUUGCAUUCGACAUCACCAAGUUGUGGAAGACACACACAGAACCGCUAAGCUACGCUGAACUAGUGCUUAACGGCAAUAAACCACAACAUGUUGAUGUUGAUAUAAACAAUGUAAAACUACGACAGGAAAAGCAGCCUGAGAUCCAGAGUCUGUCAUGCUAUGUGUCUCAUACAGAUGCUAAGUACAACUCUCAUGCUAAUGGCAGUAACCUGUAUGGCUACGUGCUGGCCAAGCUCUGUGAGGUGGACAUGGAUGCGGAAGCACCGGCAUAUGAUUCAGUGCAGACAUACACCUAUGAAGGCGAGGGGUCCAUCGCAGAGUCACUCAGCUCGCUGCAGUCUAACGACGAGAAUGAACAUGAUUUUGAUUAUUUAGACGAGUGGGGGCCAAGAUUUCAUACACUCGCAGAGCUUUAUGGCACCAGUGAGAGUAACGUUUAG